AGGUGUUUAAAACUUUUUGAGAUCUGUCACCAACUUUGUCAUCCCGAAAACCGUGGCGUUUGUCGCACGCUUUAUUACCGUACUGACAGAAGAUUUCGCUCUGGUCCUUUAUUUUAUCAGACGAAGGAAACGCUACACCGUGAACUCCCUAAGAAAGUUUUCUUCAGCAUUACUGAAGAUUCGCUGAGCUAGUGGGGACUGUUCAAGAAGACACCCUGCUGCUACUUUUUCUGCCACGUCUGGCUUUUAGAAAAAAAGCGUUUUCUUCCAGCCAUGUGGCUAACGGCACUCACACACCCCUCCGCCAUCCUGUUUUUGACCCUCAGCAGCUUGGCCUCUGCAGGUCCAUUGUCUCGGAGCCCUUGUGAACUUUUGCCAGUUGGAGGGGGUCACCCAGUUCAGGCCAUGUUAAAGAGUUUUACUGCCCUAUCAGGCUGCGCUAGCCGAGGAACCACCAGCCUCCCUCAGGAGGUGCACAUCAUCAACUUACGAAGAGGCAAUGCACAAGGAGACAGAGAGAAACCAGCAGAGGUGUCAUUACAUCUGCGGCCCAUCCAGUCCCUGCAUGUGCACCAGAAACCUCUGGUCUUCGUCCUGAACUCCCCUCAGCCCGUCCUCUGGAAACUUCGGACAGAGAAACUGGCCUCAGGAGUCAAACGCAUCUUCCAUGUUGCAGAGGGAUCUGAAGUGCACUUUGAGGCAAGAAAUUUUUCUGAGUCGUGUGAGGUGAAGGUGGAAAAUCUUCCUCAUGGCAAUGAGCACCUGCUUUCUUGGGCCCAUCAACGCUACCAUGCAGUUACCUCUUUCAGCGAGCUCAAGAUGGCCCAUGACGUCUACAUCAAGGUUGGAGAGGACCCCGUCUUUUCCGAGACCUGUAAGAUUGAUAACAAGUUCCUGUCUCUGAACUACCUGGCAAGCUACAUCCAGCCCCAGCCAUCCACAGGGUGUGUUCUCUCAGGUCCUGAUCAUGACCAGGAGGUCCACAUCAUUGAGCUCCAGGCACCAAACUCCAGCAGUGCAUUCCAGGUGGAUGUGAUUGUGGAUUUAAGGCCGCUGGAUGGUGGCGCCCCGCUACAUCGUGAUGUUGUGUUGCUUCUGAAAUGUGAGAAGUCAGUGAAUUGGGUAAUCAAAGCCCACAGCGUCAUCGGCAAACUGGACAUUGUGACAUCAGAUACCGUCAGCCUGAGUGAAGGCACAGAAAGGCUGAUGCAGGUGUCAAAGAUGGUGAAACAGAAGCUGCCCGCAGGAUCUCAGGCUCUCAUCCAGUGGGCAGAGGAAAACGGAUUCAAACCCGUCACUUCCUACACCAACACCCCUGUUGCCAACCACUUCAAAUUGCUCCUCAGAGAACAAGAUCUAGGGAUCAUGGAUGAGGGAAUGUUCCCACCAGAGUUGUCCAUUCUCCGCAACACCAACCCGCUUCCUAAGCCCAGCACCCGGGAUUCCCCUGCAAGGAACAGGUUCCCAUUCCCCUUCCUACCAUCUGCAGAGCAGGGCCAGUCAUUCCCACCUCUGCCCCCGUCUCUUGAGGAGCGAGUCUAUCAGGCUGGGGGUCCCGAGGAACAGCAGGGGGCUCUGAAUGUAGGAUUCAGUGUUCAGUGUGAGAAGAACAAAAUGGUGGUCAGCAUUGACAAGGAAACUCUGCAGGCCAAUGGGUUUGGAAAACCCAAUAUCACUCUUCAGGACUCCCAAUGCAAAGCAACCUCCAACACCACCCACUAUAUACUAGAGACGCCCUUGUCUGACUGCCAAACCAGCAAAAUUCCCUCCCACCCCAGCCCAGUGGUCCUCUAUAUCAAUUCAAUUGUCAUUAGCCAAUCAGAACAGAAGGAUGGAAGUGGCUGGCCCUUUGAAUAUGAAGAUCUGGAGUCAGGAGAUGUUGUAAUACCAGGAGAUCCGGAUGUGACAGAAAAAUUUUUACCUGAAAACGGGCAUCGUGCGACUAUCUUGUUCAACUGCACGUACCAUAAGAACCAGGAUACCCAAGUUGACAGUGAUAACGGAUCUGAUGAUUUCGUUGUAGACUCUCUAGAUAAUGCUACCUUCAACAUGGAACUCUAUAACAAUGCGUUCCACAACCCCAGCACUCAGUCCUUCCUCACCAUCGCUGAGAACAGACCCAUCUAUGUGGAGAUUUCAGCCACAAAAGCCGAUCCUAACCUUGGAUUCAUGAUCCAGACCUGCUUCAUAUCUCCAGACUCCAGUCCUUUUAUGCCGUCAGACUAUGUUGUCAUAGAGAACAUAUGUCCAAAGGACGACUCUGUGCUCUAUUACCCUCAGCGAGGCGAUUUCCCCAUCCCUCACGCUCAGAUGGACAAAAAACGCUUCAGUUUCACCUACAGAUCAAAGUUCGACGUAUCAUUGCUCUUCCUGCACUGUGAGAUGUCCCUCUGCUCCAGAAGAAAUGAAAUGGAGAUGAACCUGCCAGAGGUUAAUGGUUUUUACAGAAACAUUUUGGAAAGAAGACAAAAAGCUAGCACAAAUAAUGCAGAAGUUGGCAUUAUAUAUUUCUUGGACACCCCAAUUGUGGUGGGCAUCGCUUUUGCUGCCUUUGUGAUUGGAGCCCUUCUGACUGGAGCACUAUGGUUCAUCUACUCGCAUACAGGUGGUACAGGAGCGAGGCAGCAGGUGCCAAAGUCUCAGCCGGUGUCUGAGAACAGCAGUGCGGCUCACAGUAUUGGCAGCACACAGAGCACGCCGUGUUCAAGCAGCAGUAAUGCAUAGAGCAGCUGGACUGAUGAUGCUUCCAUUGGCAUUAUGCUUUGUACAUUUUUGGAAGAAUAUGUGAUUUCGUAGCAUGUCCUGAGGCCUUAUUAUUUUCAUUAUUCGGAAUUGAAAUGUUUAGGCUGAACAUACAACCGGAUGUAAAAAGCUACAUUUAGAGGUGAGGGAAAUAACCAAAUCAAGAUCCCAGAGAGUUUUGAAAUGUUGCUUUUUUUUCUUGAACCCCACAAGAGAGUGUUGUUUUUGCCUUAUAUGGUUGAGAUCAGCGUGAAAAUAACAAAGGCUGUUUACAUCACUUAUUAUGGCACGAAAGCGGUCUAGAGGAACAGUUAGUACUCUGCGAGGUUACACAAAGGCUCUGUCUUCACCUAAACAAAAUCAAGCAUACAUAUUUCAGAAAUUUGACAAGAGAAAUCUAUUAUGAAUAGGCCAAUAUCAAUAUAAUUAAGUCUUUUAAAACCCAGAUGCCAAUCAUUUAAAGAAACACUCCACUAUUUUUGAAAAUAGGCUCAUUUUCCAACUCCCCUAGAGU